AUGGCAUCUGAAGAGCGGCAGGAAGUGUCACUGAAUACGCCACCGGCAUCACCACCCCCGGAGGAGCCAUAUAGCAUAUUUGACAAACGACAGAAAGCUCUAAUCGUGCUUAUUGUUUCUACUGCAGCAACCUUUUCCGGGUUUGCAUCAAAUAUUUAUUUUCCCGCACUUCCUACCAUUGCUCAUGACCUGAAUAUCUCGAUAGAGCUGGUCAACCUUACAAUAACGUCAUAUCUUAUUUUCCAAGGUUUAGCACCCAGCUUCUGGGGCCCCAUCUCAGACGUCAAGGGGCGCAAAAUUGCAUAUGUCUUUACAUUUCUAGUGUUUUUAGGCGCAUGUAUCGGCUUAGCAGAGACGAAGAGCUACGCGACCCUUAUAGUGCUAAGAUGCUUGCAAAGUACCGGCAGCGCAAGCACUAUUGCAAUCGGAUCCGGUGUGAUUGGUGAUAUUACCACCCGCGCUGAACGCGGUGGCUUCAUGGGAAUUUUUCAGGCCGGGUUGCUCGUUCCCGUUGCAGUCGGACCAGUCAUUGGAGGUGCUCUGGCGGGAUCAUUGGGAUGGAGAUCAAUCUUCGUAUUUCUGGCAAUCUACAGUGGUGUCUUCCUAAUACUGUUGAUCGUUCUUCUUCCUGAAACAUUGAGGUCGAUUGUUGCAAACGGUAGCAGGAAUCCGUCAAACCCAAUCGCCGCAUAUCCCUUACGGAUUUACCAAAAACUCUCCAAAGUGAGAUGGAAUCCUGACGCGGCUUCGUCAGAGCCUGCAGCAACAAAGCAUAUCGAUGUCACGGGGCCAUUACGCAUUCUCAUCAGUAAACACGCAGCGCCUAUUAUCAUAUUCCUUGCUAUCUACUACGCUGUUUGGCAGAUGAGUAUCACCGCUAUGUCGUCUCUUUUUCAAGAUCGUUACGGCCUGAGUGAAACACAGAUCGGCUUGACGUUUAUUGCAAAUGGGGCGGGAUCUAUGAUCGGAACGCUCGUCACGGGCAAGAUUCUGGACACCGAUUAUCGUCGAGUCAAGGCUCAAUACGAAGCUCAAUUUACUCAACACGAUUCUGAAACAAGUGAUGGACAAAUACGAUCCACGGCAUAUAUGGAAGACCACUUUCCUCUUGAAAAGGCGCGCCUCCGACUCAUACCCAUUUUCUCCCUAGCUCAGUGUCUGUCAAUCAUUCUCUUUGGCUGGACCAUUCAGUAUCCCGAUCGCGUCCAUAUCGCUGUCCCCAUCGUUUCCACUUUCAUCACUGGCUGGACUGCCGUAUCUACGCAGUCUGUGGUUAUGACUUACCUCGUCGACAUCUUCUCCGACCGUAGCGCCGCUGCCAGCGCAAGUUUAAACCUUGCCAGGUGCUUAUUCGCGGCCGGCGGUACAAGCUUUAUAAUGCCCAUGGUGAACGGCAUUGGUGUCGGCUUGGCGUUUACGAUAUGUUCUAUCGUUCAAGUUGUUGCGCUAUCGGGCGUAGCCAUCCAGUGGAAAUUCGCUGCUUCAUGGAGACAGAAGAAAAAUGAGACAAUGUGA